AAUAUCGAUUGAAGCCAAUUUUUUUGUAAAGCUACAAAAGCAUAAAGUUAUAAAAGAAUGCCCUUUCGCUUUGUAAUUCGCUCAACUGUCAUUCCACCAUUUUAAAAUUAGUUUAGUUUACCCGCCUUCUCUCCUACUCCGGCGAUAGUGCAAUUUGUCGAUGCUUGAUGUUUUAUUUUAAUUGAUUUAUACAGAAGGCCAGGUGUUCUCGACAUUGAACGAGUUAAAAUGGCGCGUUUUGGGAAUUUCGUACCCUACUGCCUGUAAAAUACCAAAAUAUUUCCACAAGCAGUCACUGUAGAAGAGGGUAUUUUUUCUUAUGCGUUAAAUUAAACGAAAACCAACUGACCUGGCUCAGCGCACCCAACUGAGAACUUGAUUUUAAUUAUUAAUAUUCAAGACCCAACCAGCAUGACAAAACAGUGAUCCACGAAAUGAAUGUUAGCGUAAUUAACAGUAAAUUAUUAUUUCAUCGCGUUUGUUUCCUCAAAGGCGGUCAUAAUUAGUUGGCUGAACAGCGAAAAGGACGAACGGUGAGGGAAAGAAACCAAAAGGACAAUGGUGUAACCCUUGUUUUCCCAUGUGAGGAACAUUUGGUAAUUCAUUUAAUUCAUCGUCAAAGCUUCACGACACAAAAAUGAAACUGCACAACUCAAAUCUUAUCGCAAUGUGCCUCGCGGGCGCUGUGAUUUUGAGUUUCACUACGCCAGCAAGAUCAAACCUAAACCUGCAAAGCAACGACUUCAAUCAGUUUCCAAUACCAGUUGGGUCAAACGACGCGGACUUCGUUGUGAAAUUUAAGGGUGAAAUCUUUAGCUGGAAGAACCUGACUGAACUGCUCCGCCAGCACAAUAUCACUAUACCACAGGAAAGUGAAGUUCUCGCUGAAGUGCUUCAACAAAAGGAUUCCUCAGACCAAUCUUGUCAAGGAAGAUGUUUCAUGGACGAAAGGAGUGACGAGAAGAGGUGCUAUUGUGAUAAAGCUUGCAAAGCAUACGGUGACUGCUGCUUGGACUUUCACUCAAGUUGUGAUCCAAAUGGAAAUGCCAAUGAUGACGAUCUUCUUCAGAACGCAAAGUGUGGGGAGACCAAUCCAUUUUCAUGGUCUGGGGUAAUCAUGAAAUCCUCUUGCAGCCUGCCUGGAAACCAAGAUAUUAACGAAUGCCAAACUGUUCAGCAGCUGAAUAUGACGAUACAGAAGGAACUGCCAGUCUUUGACUGGACGCAGAAUAUAACAUACAGAAGCAUUGCUUGUGCCAGAUGCAAUGGUGAAGGUAACUUAACUUUCUGGGGCCUCAACAUUGAGUGUCGAGGUAGCUCAUGGGAUGGUGGUGACAUCGAGGCAGUCAAGACGUUUGUAAAAAACAAUAGCUGUACAUGGAAAUACGCUCCAUUGCCGGAACUGAAGCAACGCUACAAGUCUUGCGUGCACCCCGAUACACAAUGCACUGCUUCAAAUCAGCUACCGGUGAUGUCUGUAAUCAAAGAACUGUGUUCUUCCUAUUCUAUGACGUUUCGGGUUUAUGCAACGAAAAUAGUGAAAUACAGAAACCCUCACUGUGUGCUUUGUAAUCCAGAAGGAAAGCGUCAACCAGGGUCCUCCGCUGGAGGUCCACCAAUGCCACCUUGGUCGAUCCUCGUAGAUGUAAGUUCAAACAUUGCUUAUCCAAAAGAACCAAAGACUCCACACCCAACUGUUAUAACUGGACCUUCUGCACAAGGUGACAAUCUCACGUCACAGAUAUUUAACUGCACUUCAAAUACCAAAAACUGUACAGUAAUCGUGGGUGGUAAAACAUGCCAGGUUGUCACUCUGACGAAAAACCAAUCGACGCCUGUGAACGUUUCCUUUAACAAAAGUCGUGUAAUGUUCACAACGAGAGAGCAGUUCUUAAAAGACAAGAAAGCCAUGAAACUACAAGGAAAUGCAGUAUAUGUUUUGUGUCCAGAACGUCAUACUGAUAAAGACCCGAAAGAAGACUCCUCAGUUCUUAUUUACAUCACAUUGAUUGGCACGGUGCUGUCGAUCAUUUCACUGUGUAUUCUUCUUGGUGUUUACCUCAUGUUCAAAGAACUGAGGAAUCUCCCUGGCAAAUGUCUUAUCAACCUCUCGUUGGCCUUGCUGUGUUAUCAAACUAUCUUCCUCAGUGCUGCAAAGUCGAAAGAAAUUGAUGUUCUUUGUAAGGCAGUCGCCAUUUUUCUCCAUUUCUUCAUCCUCGCUGCAUUUUCCUGGAUGUGUGCCAUGGCAUUUGAUACAGCGAAUGCCUUUUCAGUUAAGGGAGGCAACACAAGGAGACAACCUUCGGACAUUACGAAGACCUUCAUCAAGUAUUGCAUUGUGGGAUGGGGACUGCCUGCUGUGAUUGUUGUUUUGUGCUCUGUCCUGGACUCCUCUGGAACUUUUCAUUUCGGAUAUGGAAAUGCAACCUAUUGCUGGAUAUCAGAUAAAAUAGGAAUGAUUGUUUCCAUGGUGACCCCUAUAAGCCUUGCUUUGGUCUUUAACAUACUGUGCUUGACGAAAAAUAUUUAUGCCAUUCGUCGUUUACAGAAGGUAAGUACCAUUACAAAGAGUACAGGGGCAAGACUAGCGAGUAACCAGCCUAUAAGUUGGACGGCUUUGUACUUCAGGACUGUGCUACCUUAACAGGGGAUCUGCAGUGCUUUCUGCCGCACAUCGUGACUUUUUUGAGCUGUGACUGCGAAGUGAUGGCACUCGCAAGAUAGUUAUGUAUAUUUUUCUAUUGUGAGACAUCGUCUCAAUCUCAUGUUAGACUAACUAGAUGCCCAUAGUCAUCCUGUGGCUUACAGUUACAAUAGCAAUUACAAUAGGCCAUUUUACAGUUGUGUGCUUAGUUAACUGGCCUAUGAAUGCA